AUGAAUUCUGCGACUGGAAGUGUUUUGGAAGCAUUAAAAUGCUUGUCUUCAUCCACGGCGCAAGCGACGAAGAAUCAAGCUUUGCAAUACCUUGAGGAAUUUCAAAAAUCGAAGGAUGCGUGGUCCGCUUGCCUGGAUAUUUUGAGUAAGAGCGGUGCGCAAGAUAGUUUGGAGUUGCAGGUUUUUGCUGCACAAACACUGCGAAACAAGGUCACAUAUGACUUGAGUCAGCUUGGCAACGAUGUGUCUGCGCUAAAAGAAAGCGUUUUGGAGCUCAUCGCAAAACACUUUCAAAAAGUAAUUGUGACUCAGCUAUGUGUUGCACUCGCGAGACUUUCGAUUCAGUAUUUGGAAUGGAAGAAUCCUGUCGGUGAAAUUAUCACCUCUUUGAAUGCGUACCCCAGCAAGCUUUUGGAGUUUUUGCGCAUUUUGCCAGAAGAAAGCCUCGAUAUGAAGUCGACUCCGCUGACUGAAGACGAAUUCCGUUCGCGAACUCACGAACUGAUCGGCGACAUAGCCGAUGACGUUUUCAACCUGCUUCUCUCUGCGGUGAGUACCCUACAUGCCGGACAGUCUGACGUUUCGGUAACACAAGUACUCAACUGCUUAAAUUCAUGGUCGUUCGAGCUGCCUAUUGACAAAGUUGUGCGACUCGAUCCCCUAAUGGGAUUGCUAUUUAGUGCACUAGAAUACGCACCAGAGGAAAAUGUCGAUUCAUUUGACGCAGCAGUUGACUGCCUGUGCACGAUCUUGAGAGAGACAAGAGAUUCUGCGGAUGAAAAUGUUGUCAUGGCCUUGUACCAGCAGCUGAUGACUUUGCAAUCCAAACUUCUUUCCUUUGAUGAAGGGUUUGAUCCCGAUGAGCAUUACGAAUUGUUAGAGGGUCUCACAAGACUGUUUGUGCAGGCCGGAGAGGCAUGGUGCGUUUUCAUUGCUCGUAAUCCAGACGUUUUCAAGCCUCUGGCGCACGUUUUGCUUUUACUUACUUGCAAAAACACCGAUUUGGAUGUUGUAAAAUAUACUUUUCCUUUUUGGUUCAAUUUCAAGCAGAUGCUUGUGCUCCCUAGGUUCAGGGAUCAAAAGUUGGCAUACCAAGACAUUUUCUCUCAUUUGAUAGAUGGUAUCAUUGCGCAUUUACAAUAUCCAGAAACCGAAUUUUCCUCGAAAGAGGAGGAGGACAAGUUUAAAGAGUUUCGGUACGACAUGGGCGGUGUUUUGAAAGACUGUACUGCAAUUUUAGGAUCAUCAAGAGCUUUGAGACAACCUUUUGACAAAAUAAACAAUGCACUCAACACUCCAGAAAUAGCGUCUCAAUGGCAAAGAUUGGAAGCGCCUUUGUUCUCAUUGAGAACAAUGGCUCAAGAAGUGUCCACAAACGAAAAUGACAUUCUACCUCAAUUGUUUAAGCUUCUCUGCAGCUUACCCGAGCACCCUAGAGUAAGAUAUGCAACAACCUUGGUGUUUGGUCGGUACACGGAGUGGACCUCAAAGCAUCCUGAAUUUUUACAACUCGAGUUGAACUAUAUUUUUAAUGGAUUCAACUACGCGGAUGGGAACAUUGAUAUUUUGACAGCCUCGUCUCAUUCACUGAUGUACUUCUGCCAAGAUUGCAGCUCUUUAUUAAGCAGUCACGUCGAAGAAUUGAUAGAUUUCUACUGGAAAAUAGAGCCCAUGGUUGAUAAUGAGUCGUUAUUCGAGGUUUGCCAAGGUUUGAGCGCAGUCAUAAACAAAGCCGAUGAAGCUCACGUGGCGGGAUUGUUGAAUCUGUUCAUUGAUCUGCAAUUGAAAAGGCUCACCGAUAGCGUGGCUUUGUGGAAGAAAAACAAGAAUGCUAAAAGACUGAUCAACGAGCUUGCUGACCGCAUUGACUUGAUUUAUGCCGUCUUUGAAGAACUACGCCCUCGUGAAGAAUUUCCAGGGGAAAAAGCGGAGCCACUUUUGCCCGUGAUAACUAAAAUAUGGGAAAACAUAUUAGAUGUCCUUGUCCAGCAAGGAGGCGCUGCCGAUGCACAUAUAGCCGAAAUAUCCAUGAAAUGGGUCAGAAAGGUGGUUUUCAAUUUUCACGUUUUCAUCACGCCACUCCUAGCAUCUAUUGCAAACUUUUUAGUCGAUGGCUACUCUUCCUCAGGUUAUGGCUCUUACCUGUGGUGCUCGGGAGCUAUCAUCUCUGUUUUUGGCGAUGAGGACUCGUUUCCAAUUGAUCCAAGUGUCAAAAGUGCUGUGUGGCAAUUUAUUUGCUCUCAGUGCGUAACUUUUAUGGGCAAUUUUAACAUGCUGAAUAAGACCACCCUGGAUGACUAUUACGAGAGCAUCCAAGAUUUCUUCAUGAUGAUGACCGAUGUCGUAAUGUUUUUCCCUGAUAGGCUUCUAACGUCAGAAACGCUUCUGGGUCCUUCGUUGGCUAUCGGGCUCGAAUGUGUUAACCAGAUUCAGAAUUACGAUGCAUACAUAACGGUUGUUCGGUUUUUGGACGAUGUGAUAUCCUGGGGCUUUGAGACGCCGCCUGUCUCCAUUGUGAUGGUCGAAGUUGUUCCGCUAGAGUGGAGACAACACAUUUUAUCAGAACUAGUCCAAUCGAAGGGACAGCUUUUGACUACAAACAUUAUCCUGGGUCUUGUUAGCAACUUCAAUUCUGAUGCCCACCCGGAUGCUAUCGGAUGCCUCGUACGAUGCCUCAAGUUGGUGUCGCAAAGCACAGGCGACAAUACUCUAUGCAUGUCGUGGCUAGCGAGUGCCAUGCAAAACAUGCCAAAUGUUACUGAGCAAGAAAGUUCCAAUCUUUUGGAAACCGCGAACAAUGCUUUACAACAAAGAGACAUGAGAAAACUUCGGAACGGCAUUAAAGAUUUCACGGCUUGGUAUCUCCGCAAAAAUGUCUCUCCAAGAAUGUACAAAUGA